CUACUCCAAGGAAAUAUAAAAAAGAGAGAAAAAAGCAAGUUUGUGUGCGAGAACGCUGUCUCAAGUGGUGGAGAGAGGGGGGAAAUUGGGUGGACUCUGGUAAACGGAGGGGGGCUAUUGGGUGAGGAGAGAGAGAACGAGGGAGUGGGCGAACAAGGGGGAGAGAACCUGGCCCUUUAAAUUGCACAUCUUUUCGGAGGGAAAAAAACAUCAGUGACUGGACCAGCUGAACAGACUCUGCCUGACUCACUGUCUUGCUGUCAUCCAGGAGCUGUUUUGAAACAGGAAGCAAAAGUGUUUUCUCUCUUGCUUGGUGUGUGAACCGAUGGCAGAGAAUGUCGACGACUAAUAACAUAGCACAGGCCCGGAAACUGGUGGAGCAGCUGCGGAUUGAGGCUGGGAUCGAGCGCAUCAAGGUGUCAAAGGCAGCAGCAGACCUAAUGAACUACUGUGAGCAGCAUGCCCGCAAUGACCCUCUGCUGGUGGGAGUCCCGGCCUCUGAGAAUCCUUUUAAAGACAAAAAGCCUUGCAUCAUCCUAUAGCUCAGCCCACAAGGCCCUGCUGCCCCUGCCAACCCCUCCCACAGAUGCUGCCCAGCAACAAGCACUGGGCGUGACCAGUCAAACACUACUUUUGACCUGAAACGUACAAUGCUCAAUGCUCUGGACAACCAAACACUUUACCGAGAAGGAGAAAGAGGUGAUAUUGACAUUAGCCCUCUAUAUGAGGUGUUCAUAUGUACAUAUGUAUGAAAAUAUGCAUACAUAUAGCUAUAUGUAUGUAUGUAUCCAUAUAUAUACACUUUAUAUGAGGGAAGGACAAAACAAACAAGACGUACUUAUUGAUUUUCAUAACUGGUGAUGGCACAUCAUAAGGGGGCAGGGAGAUUUGCAAUGCAUUGAGAAAUCCAGACACAGUGAGCAUAUAAAUUCAAGGGGAGGCCAAGCCAAUGUUGUUUGGGGUGUUUGGGGUGGUAUGGUGUAGACAUAGAUUAGGGGACUCUAGACUGGCUGGCAAACAGUCAGGCUGUGGGUUUGAUUGCUUUUUCUUUGUUCUUUUUUUUCUAUUUUAUUCUUCAAAGUGGCUUUAUUAUUUGUGGACGUGUGUUGCCAAAACUGACAGGGAUGCACAGUCUCCUGCUAUUACUUUUUUUCGCAUUCGGUCAAAGAAGACAAAGUGAGUGUGCGUGGAAUGUGAGAGCAUUAUUAGUAACGGUGCCCAGAGUAACCUCUGACUCACGCUUUUGACAGUUCUGCCAACAGGCAGUCCUCAACUCUGCUCCUUUAUCAGAGGAUUCAGAAUUUACUGUGCAGAUAAGUUAAUUACAUUCCAUGUGUAUACAGUCACAUGCAUUUAUUAGCAGUGUUAUUAGAAGGAAUAUACAUAAAGUUGAGAAGUAUAUUUGUAAUGCACUCCCCCUCCCUCCCACUAAAGCUGUCCUCUGAACCAAGGUGGGAGCAGAUAUUUUUGCCAAGGCUAAAGCAUUAUUGUACAAGGGGAGAUGCUUACACUUUUGUAAUCUUUCAGCUCUUUAAACAUAAGUAGACAAACAUUCACCCCCAUUUAACAUGGAUUUCAGGUGAAACCUGUUGACAUUGCCUCUUCAUACGUCCUGAUUAUCCUCAACUCCUACAGAUUUCUCACCCCACACCACCUGUAAGAUACGAUUUUCAUCUUUACGUGAUCUUAUUCUUCCUUUUUAUAGGAAAUCUAUCAAAUAUUUAUCCUCCUUUCGAACAGCUGAGUGUUUCAGCAAAUGUGCAGCUCACCGGGUUAAGCAAACAGAGAUUUUUUUUUUCCAACCAAACUGCAUCAGUUGCAUCAAAAGCAUUCUUAUGUUAGUCUAUAGACUGAUACAGGUAGAUAUUGCCAACCUGUCUGCAUGCCAAAGAGGAGAUGGGAGAUGUAGAAGUCUAAGCUGUAGAUCCCUGAUCCUGGCUCCUACAGACUCAUCUUCACUGCCUGUGUGACAUUCUAGCACGCUAUGAUUGCCAACAGAACUGAAAGAUUAGCCUACUUUGUAUUUUUUAAGUUAUUGUGUCGUAACAAGUUUCACCUUUACGUGCACAUAUAGUUUCCUACAAUUUUUUGUUGCCGCAUCAUGUGGUGCUGACAUUUUUAGGAGGAGGCCAUAGUUGUCAGGAAGAAGGACCUGUUGCUCGAGUGUGCUGUAGCUGCAUCUAUUUAGCUAGCAAUUUGCCAAUCUUUCGAUCUAGUCUGUCAAUAUGGAUCGCUCUGUGACAAAUGUUUAUUAAUUGUUUAUUCUUGUCUGCUCUUGCAGUAUAGGUUUUUAUUAGGUGUAGUCAUCAGAAAUCACAGAUUUCAGUGUGCUUAAAAAUUGCUUCAUUCUAACAAGCAUUUCUACAAAACAUAGUAAAAAUAUAUCCAUUUUCUCUUUUUAAACCCUUAGCUGUAUGAAUUGCAAAGAAGAUGUAUGCAUCUCUCCUUUCGUUCACGUGACUUUCAGAUCUGGCAGGGUUCCAGCAAGGUUCAGCUCAGUUCAGUCCUGCACGGUAAAUGGGGUGACAAGUGACAAGAGUCACUGCAGGCAGAAAGCGUAGAAGAUAUUCAGAUUACUUUGACACAAAUAUGACCCACAUAUUUAAGGCUAGAUUUUUUUCAUAAUUAUUAUUUCCUUUUUGGCCUUUUUCAUGCACUGAUAAGGCAGUCCAUUGUAGUUAUGCUCCUUUUCUGUCUAAGAAAAAAGUACUAGCAGGAUUGCGCAUCUUAAUGAAAGUGAAAAUGCCAAAAAAGAAUGAAUUUUAAAAAUGGAGACAAAUGAAUAAUGCCUGGGCGAAAAAAAAUUGACAAGACAAGCACCAGUAACUGUAUUGUUAUGUGUAUAUUGUCAUAAAUAAUAAGAAGAAUUACCCCUGAAAGAUAUUUUUGUGGGACAGUGCCAAAGCAAGCUCAGAUCCACUGCUUUAAAAUAUGAUACAAUGAAUCUGUAUUGGUGAGUUGGGUGGAAAGAUUCAGGGCAGUGAAUACUAUUGAUGGCCAAACCAUUGAGCAGGUUAGGGGAAUAGUGCUGUUCAAACAAUUGUAUUGUACACAUUUUAGUUUAUUGUAGCAAUUAUACUGUAGCAACUGAGGAUCAACAACUCAGUUUUCACUCCAGUGGAGAUUGAUGGUUACAAACACUCCAUUACCAUGUCACUAGAAAGAGGAUCAGCAGCAGUCAUACUACAAACUAGCUUCAUGUCAAUGCUCAUCCUUCCUCUGUUAGGCCACCAUUUCCCUCUAAAACAAAGUCUGAUUGUAAACAAAUAAUGGAACAGCAUGUAGAUUUUUUUAACAUGUCAGAAAAAGAAGAACAACUUGAGCAGAUGUUUGAUUUGUUUGGUUUGUCUGUUUCAUUUCUUCUUUACAUUGGCUUUCAGAAAUCUGGUUGUUAACUGUACAGUAUUUGUCAAAUACUUUAGGAGGAACCACAUUCUUAUAGUUCUACAGAAAUGUGUAUCAUUGCUUUACUUCACUUGUGAAUGGCUUUUUAUAUAUAAAAUGAAAACUU